AUGAUCCUUGCACAAUUCGUGAUCGUUUUGGUUUUUAUAUCUGCAGCUUUUGGAUUUCCAACUCAGUUUACAAAACGAGCUGCCAACAAUGUUCGCAACGAUGCCAGGAACGCGGCUGGAACUUGUAAAGAUGUAAUGGUAAUCUGUGCUCGAGGAACGACAGAAGCUGCAAACAUGGGAAGUUUAGCUUGUCUGCCAUUUACCUCUGCUCUUGAAGCCUCUGCUGCGACAGCAGGCAUAACUGUUGGGGUUCAAGGUGUUAACAACUACGCGGCGUCGAUACAGGAGUAUCUGACUGGAGGAUCGAAAACUGGCGCUGCCUUCAUGGCUCAGACUGCUGCUAUGGUAAUGUCCAAUUGUCCAAACACUUCAACUUGGAUUUCAGGCUACUCCCAAGGAGGUCAAGUGCUUCAUCUGGCUUUGGACAUGAUGACAUCUGCAGAAAGGUCCAACAUUGCUGGUGUAGUUGUAUUUGGCGAUGGGACUGGCAAGGAUGGAAUUGCUACUUGGCCACCAGAGAUCGACACUGCCAAUGUCCUAUCAAAGUGUACUCCUGGAGACAAGAUCUGUGAAGUUCCCAAAAGUGGCCAAGUCACCCAAUUCCACUUACAGUAUCCGAAAGAUGCUCCAGAAGCAGCUGCUUUUGUGAUGAAUGGGGUUCAGGCAAAGGCGCAGCCUGUUGCUCCUGCCAAGAUAUGA